UAUCACUUUUUCAUUAACUUCCACUUAACGCUCUAGCACCUUUGGUUCGCGGCUAUACGCGGGUGGUUUCAUAAUAUAUAAUUUUUUUGUGAUUGUGUUCCUCCUCUGAUCAGAAUGGGAAACGGUUCAGGCAUUGGCGCCACAGGCGGCACCCAGCUCUUCUGUGGACUCGUCCUGAUUCUUAUUGAUAUCAUAAAUAUGGGAAUGUACUACGGCAUCUCAUGGAAUACGUGGAUGCCCCUCAUCUUCGGGAUCUUCUACGUUAUCACCGGCUCCUUCGGCGUGACGGCCGGCAAUGCCGCCAACCGGUCGCAGGGCUCGGCCCGCUGCCUGGCCAUCACCUCACUGGUGAUGAGCAUCCUGUCCAUCCUCAACUCCUUCGCCCUGAUCAUCUACACCGGCAUCCUGGUGGCCGGGUAUUCGGUAAUCAACAACUAUAGCGGGGGCUAUUACUACUUUGAUUCGGGCCCGCUGGGAUUUACGGCCGCCGCGCUGGUCUUCUUCCUCAUCACCUUCAUCGUCAGCAUUGUCAACUGCGUCAUGGCCACCCGCGUCAUGUCGUCCAGCCCCACCACCACCACUGUCACGCAUGUGACACAUGUCGUGCAGCAGCCGGGCAUGGUAUACGGUGUGCAGCAGCAGUAUCCCGGACAGCCGGCCUACCCGGGACAGCAGCCCUAUCCCGGGGCGCAGCCCUACCCGGCUGGACAACCGGCCCCCUACCCACCCAAAGUCUAAGACAGUUCGGCGAUAAUAUAAUAUUCUUUGCCUGGGAUCGCUGUUCUUUACGGUGAAUACCUAUAGUGGUCAUACAAUUUCGAUGGUCUUGUUUUGCAGUGUUUCUAGAGAAAUAUUUCUAUAGCAUAAUUGUUUGUAGCUAGAUGCUUGUUAAUCAGAGUGCGUAUAUUUGAUAAAAUACGUUUGCUGUGCCAUUA